UGAAACUCUAUUUUCACUUUCUUCAGUGGCCUCCGGAGCCGCCACUUUGUGUUUUGUGUCAUCGUCUUUAUAUCUGCCUCCUCUCCCUUCUCAUUGUCUUCUUCAUCACCGACUCAGUUCUCUCAUUACGUCUCUAAAUAACAGCAGCUUCUGCUAGUACUCUUGUCUAUGGCUGGUGCUGCUUCCACCAGUGUCUUCAGCGGACGUGAUCCGUCUGAGUACGACUCCUCUGAUCCGCUUGUUCUCUUCAUCAUCCAGCUCGUCAUCAUCCUCGUUCUAUGUCGCAUACUACAAUAUCCCCUCGCCUACCUGCGGCAACCCCGAGUCAUCGCCGAAGUUAUCGGUGGUGUGCUUCUGGGCCCGUCCGUGAUGGCUCGUAUUCCCAACUUUAGCGACAAAAUCUUCCCCAGCGAGUCGUUCCCCAUCUUGACUCUUGUGGCUAACCUCGGACUGGUGUUCUUCCUCUUCUUGGUCGGACUCGAGCUCGAUAUGUCGCUUGUGAUCAAGAACAUCAAGACUGCGUCGACUGUCGCGUUCAUGGGCAUGGCCAUCCCGUUCGGUCUUGGCUUUGCCGUCUCCGUUGGCCUCUACAACCAGUUCUCCGACGAGGCUGACGGCAACGUCUCGUUUGGCAUCUACGGUCUCUUUGUUGGAACAGCAAUGUCAAUCACCGCUUUCCCCGUCCUAGCCAGAAUCUUGACCGAGCUCAAACUUCUCUCGUCGUACGUCGGUAUCGUCGUUCUGUCAGCCGGAGUCGCUAACGAUAUCGUCGGCUGGAUUUUGCUUGCUCUCACUGUUGCUCUCGUCAACGCUUCGAGUGGCAUCAUCGUUCUUUACAUCUUUUUGGUUGCCUUUGGCUGGACUGCCGUCUUGUUUGUGGUCAUCAAGCCUCUGCUGCUCUACGCUGCCAAGAAAACCGGAAGCUUAGAAGAGCAUUCUCCGUCACAGCUCAUGAUUCUUUUGAUUUUCCUUCUUAUCGUCACAUCAGCCUUCAUCACCGACAUCAUCGGUAUUCAUGCGAUUUUCGGUGCGUUUUUGGCCGGAAUGGUCAUGCCCGAGGAUAAAGCAUUCAGAGCGGCUGUCGUCGACAAGAUCGAGCUCAUUAUCACUCUGCUCUUCCUGCCUCUCUAUUUCGUGCUCUCGGGACUGAAAACUAACCUCGGACUGCUGAACGAUGGAAUCACCUGGGCGUACACUGUUGCUAUCAUUGUCGUUGGCUUCGUGUCAAAGUUUGCCGGUGCCUCUCUCGCUGCUCGAUACAACGGCCUGCACUUGCGUGAGUCGAUGGCCGUCGGCUCGCUCAUGUCUUGCAAGGGUCUUGUCGAGCUUAUUGUUUUGAACGUCGGUCUCCAGGCCGGCAUUCUGAGUCAGCGUGUAUUCACCAUGUUUGUCGUCAUGGCUCUUGUCUUGACUUUUAUCACUACUCCCUUGACAUUGUGGAUCUAUCCUACCUCGUACCGGGAGAAGAUGGCUUAUGUCCAUGAGGUUGAGAUGAGACGAGCUUCGGCUGAUGCAGAUGAUGAACAUAACGGUGAACCCUCUACCACGGCAUCAACGCCUGCCCCGAGACCGUCUGUGGAUGAGAACGAUCUUGAAGCGGUUCCUACUGUCGAGAAGCAUCUCUGGCGCAAGCAGCCUCUGAGACAGAUGAAGGCUGCCAUGAGAUUCCCUCGCUAUAUCUGAGGUGAUAGUUUUAUGAUUGUGUAAAGCAUCUUUGUAUGCGUUUUUUUAUACCUUUGGUACUUUGUGUUAUGAUUGUGCGCGGCACUUGUGUUUUGCAUGCUGUGAUGGGAUAGACUAGUUGUGUUUUUUUGGGAUAUUUAUAUCUGGGAUUUGGGUUAUUGUUCAUGGUUCUCUUUAUGUCUGGUUUUUGGUUUUAGUUGCUCUCAUGAUGAUCUAUGUUAGACGAAUACAACAUUUUGCGCAUGCUAAUCAAACGAACUUGAAC